AUGGGUUCAGUUAUUGGCACGCAACUGGAUGAGCGAUUGAUCUAUCAAGCAACAAAGCAUGUUUUCGUCGGGAAGUACGCUAAAAUACGAAAGCGUACGGUUGUAGAAACGUCGAUUAACAACAACUUACUGGCGGGGAACCCGGUGCAGCAAGUCGUUAAUGAUCACGGCUAUAACGCUGUCGCUGAGAUAGUGUUAAAGCUACUUUCGGAAAAGGUUUAUGAGUCAGCGACAAUUGCUAGUCAACGAUUUCCCGACCUAUCUCAGCAUUCGUCUGUUCAAACGGCUGUCAACACGCACGUUGAAGCAGAGGCCAAUGGGACUGGGCAAGUCGCGCUUGAGGCUGUUGAACUAAACAACUCGGACAACAGUAAGGAGGCCGGUCACACGAAAGAACAUACAAAACCAUUACAGGACGCUAGGGACAGCACUGCGUGCGACAUUGCUGGUAUUCCAUCGUCAUUCCCAGUCUAUCUGCCGUUUCCUACGGAGCAUCUUCUUAUGGAGAAACUUCAAAAGACUCUAGAAGCUGCUUGUUACGAGUAUGGAAUAAGAGAACUCUCGAAUAUUAUGCAAGAACGUCACUGGGACUGUCCUGAAGCGGCAGAGCUUAGCCACGACAGGUCACUCAAAGAAUUAUUGCAUUCGAUUGCGCAAAUCAGACAUACAGCAGUCCAUCGCCUCCGCACCAGCUCAGCAGGACUCCAACGAUUCCUCGACGAUGCGGAAGACCUUACCAGAGCCCUAGGGGACAACUUAUAUAUACAAGCUAUUGCAAAACUCAAUUUGGAGACUCAGUCAACACUGGCAGAGCUUACACAGAAUAAACAAUCCAUUCAGCUACGUCUAGAAGAGGCCCAAAAAGAGAUAGCGAAGCAGCGUGCCGAACUAGAUCAGAAAGAGCAGGAUAACUUGCGCCUGAUGGAAAGGGAAGAUAUGAGGUACUGUGCUCAGGCUGGCGAAAGACUGGGAAAGGCUCUUCAUCUCGUGGGAAAAUUUGCAGUAGUGCUGGAGAAUGAGGACCCGGCAAUGGGUGGUAUGGACGGCGACAAUGCUUGUCCUGUCUCUGAUACCGACAGCAACUUGGAUCACGCAGAGCAUUUCGAAGACUGCAGCGAGUCAUGA